AUGGCCAGAGACCGCGGCGUCGACUCCGACUGGCAGCUGAAGCGCGCGCCGGUGGUCAUCCUGCCGGGCCUCGACCACUCGUCGUUCUGCCCGGGGUUCCGCGUGCCCGGCGACGUCUGGCCCGCGGAGGUCGGCUUCGAGGCCGGCGCCGACGCCGUCGGGACGGCGCUCGGCGCCUUCCUGUCGGUGCAGAUGACCGACGCGGCCGACGCCUACGCGACGCUCCGCGACGCGUCGAAGUUCACGCGCGCGCUGCUCGCGCCGCUCCACGAGGCCAUGGCGCUCGAGCGCGACGGCGAGACGUCGCCCUGGUGCGAAGAAGCGCAGCGCGUCCUCGCGGGGCCCGCCGUCGCGCCGGACCUGGACGUCGCCGCGCCCUACUUGGAAGGCGCGGGCGACUUCGAGCACUCGCGGGUCCGCUACGCCGCCGCGGGCUACGCCCUCGAGCUCAACGUCUCGGGCCACAACGCCUACUAUUCCAUCGCCGACUUCAGCAGCCAGUGCGUCACGGCGGCCAAGGAGGCUCCUUUCUCGGCCGUUUUCCACUCAUUUCGGCUGAUUUUUGGACGAGCGAUCAUCUCUCGGAACGGUCUCGAAGCUUGGAUGAAAUUCUCGUGA